AUGUUCCAGUCAAUUGUUGAUUUUUAUGAGAAAUAUAUCAAACAUCAUCUGUUCAGGAAUGAGGAUGAAGAUGACAACGCUAUAGAUGAUGAUAAUCCACAGAUCAAACAGAUGAGGAUCCUGGGUGCUUUGCUACAGAAAACUAAUCUGCCAUUGAACAACAGACUCCAAGCUGCAUUAUCUAUCGGCAUACUGAGUUUUACAGGUGGGCCUGAAGCUACAGCUAGUGCACAGAACUACAUUGAAGAGCUCAUCCGCUUCCUGAAUCGAACAUUGCUUUUGGAUAAGGACAAGAUCAUAGUUCUGCAAAGCCUGUCUGGAAUUUGCUAUAAUAAUGUCACCAACCAAAAUGCUGCGAUAGAUUUGCAAAUUCUGAUUACACUGGUUACUAUCCUUAACACCAGAAACACAACCAAAAUGAAAAUAAUGCUGAAGUAUUGGGCAUGCUACUUGCUGAAUAUACUAUGCUGCAACAACAUUGCUGUAGCUCGACGCCUCAAUAAAACUAAACAUCUUCACACCAGCCUCAUACAGUUAUCAGAGAGCAAUUGGUAUGGGUGGCCAAAAAAUUAUGCUCAAGUUCUGAUUUACCUGUUAGGGUUUGAAAAGCAAAUCAAAUCUUUGUAA